AAAAAAAAAAAAAAGCUCAUUGAUUUCACAAACAAACAAAAAAAAAAAAAAAAAUCUCUCUCUACAAUGGCUCUGUUUACUUCAACCUCAGCUACUCCACUCUCCCCAUUCCUAUAUACCAAUCGUCCUCCAAGAAAUCACAAACGUUUUCCCCCUUCAUUUGCUUCAAUAAUCUCAUCAUCAUCUCCUGAAUCAUCAGCACCAUCAUCUUCAUCCCCAAAAGAAACUAUUAAUGUUUCCUCAAAACCUCCAUCAAAACCCUUUGUUGAAUCCGAUAGACACAGAGAGAAGGGAUUCAAUUACGCUCUAGCAAACCCUAGUGGCAACCCGGCUGCUCGGUUUUUCCGGGCCACUGAAUCUUCCAUUGAAAGGGUGAUAUUUGACUUCCGCUUUUUGGCACUUCUGGCUGUUGGGGGCUCAUUGGCUGGUUCCUUGCUGUGCUUUUUAAAUGGUUGUGUCUACAUUGUUGAUGCCUAUAAAGUUUACUGGGGUAGUUGUGUCAAAGGAAUCCACACAGGAAAGAUGGUUCUACGACUAGUUGAAGCUAUUGAUGUGUAUCUUGCUGGAACUGUCAUGUUAAUAUUUGGUAUGGGCUUAUAUGGAUUAUUUAUCAGUAAUGUGCCUUACGAUGUACCUUCCACGAGUGACCGCGCACUCAAAGGGUCUUCCUUAUUUGGAAUGUUCGCUUUGAAGGAGAGGCCUAAAUGGAUGAAAAUCAGCUCACUUGAUGAACUAAAGACGAAAGUGGGGCAUGUUAUCGUCAUGAUUCUUCUGGUAAAGAUGUUUGAGAGGAGCAAGAUGGUGACAAUAGCCACUGGUUUGGAUCUACUUAGCUAUUCCGUAUGUAUUUUCUUAUCUUCUGCUUCCUUGUACAUACUUCAUAAUCUUCACAAGUCGGAUUAAAAUUGUCCAUAAGAAGCAGUAUAAUGCCAGAAUUUUUGUUGCCAAACAAUGUUAACAUUAGUUUACAGCUUCAAUACAGCUGAAUGUUCAUGUACCAGGAAGUCACUUGUUUUUUGAGGUCA